UUAGGAGUGCCAAGGUGUUGAUCAACAAUCAUUGUAACUCAGGUGAGGUAUCGGAGGGCGGCGAAGGCGCUGAUGCGGCUGAACCCGGCGUACCUGAAGACGUACCCGCCGGAGGAGAUUGACGGCAUGGAGUGGGAGGCUCUUGAGGCCGCCAUCGCCAAGUGGACUUGCCAUCUCGAGGCCGCGGUCGUGUCCGUCCUCGCCGCCGAGCGCCAGCUCUGCCGCCGCGCUCUCGGCGGCAUCAUGGGCGGCGCCGUCUGGCCCGAAUGCUUCACGAAGAUCUCCGACCGGAUCAUGGCCGUCUUCUUCCGCUUCGGCGAGGGCGUCGUGCGCGGCGCCAAGGAGCCGCAGCGGCUGUUCAAGCUCCUCGACAUGCUCGACGCCCUCGACCGCCUCCGCCCCAGCUUCGACGCUGUGUUCGACGCCGAGGCAGGCGCCGACGACAUCCGCACGCGCUACCGCGAGCUCCAGAAGCUCCUCGUCCACGCUGCCGCCCGCGUUCUCUCCGAGCUCGGCCUCCAGAUCGAGGGCCAGAGCGACGAUGCGCCGUUCCUCGACGUCGCGGUGCCGAAGAUCGUGCGCUACGCCAUCAACUACCUCAAGUGCCUGGCCGGUGGUGGCUACGCCGCGCUGAUGGGGCGUGUGCUGCGAACGGAGCGCGCGUGGAAGGCCGGAGACGCUGCUGGCCCGGAGCCGGACGAGGACAGCCAGCUGCUCAAAGACGUUCUGCUGAACACCCUGGAAGCGCUGCGCCGGAACGUGGAGGCAAGGCGGGGCGCGUAUUCUCGUGACAACAAUGCCACGGCGGCGGCGGCGGCACAUCUGAUGGCGAUGAACGCGUAUUGGUACAUGUACAUGAGAACGAAGGGGACCGAGCUCGCCAAGCUGGUCGGCGAGGAGGUCAUAAAGGAACAGUAUAAGACGGCGGCGGAGGAGGCUGCGUGGGCCUACCAGGACGCCACCUGGGGCCCACUAGUCGGAAUACUUCAAGCUAAAGAAGAAGAAGCAGCAGCAGCAGCAGAAGAGGUAGGAGAAUAUCCUAAGAAUGCGGCGAGAGAGAAGGCGGAGGCGUUCGUCAGAGGAUUAGAUGAUAUGAUACAGAAGCAUCCUGCAACGGAGCAGAGCAUACCGGACGGGGAUCUGAGGGAGCAGAUAAAGGAGUCGACGACGAGGAUGGUGGUGGGGGCUUACGCGGCGUUCCUGCACGCGAACGGCGGGAGGCAGGAGCGGGAGUUCUUGCCGCCGGAUUCGAUUCGAAGGCUGGUGUGGGAGCUGUUCGACUGCAGGCGCGGAGGCAGCGGCAGUAGUCGCGGGGACGGGAGUUAUGUCAAGAAGGCUGCGGUGGCGGCGGCGGCGGAGGACAAGAGAGGAAGAAAUUCGAGGAGGAGGGAGAGUAAGGAUUGGGGUGGUGAAGCUCAGAACUGAUUUUUUUUU